CAAAUGUGCAAUAGCAAGAUGUCCUCCCUCGCGGAUGCCUCCCCUGUGACCGCUUCAGAGCAGGAGGCGCUGGUUAAACCAAAGCCGCUGUUGUUGAAGUUGUUAAAGUUAGCUGGUGCAGAAAAGGACACUUUUACUAUGAAGGAGGUAAUAUUCUAUCUUGGACAGUAUAUUAUGUCUAAACAAUUAUAUGAUGAAAAACAGCAACAUAUUGUACACUGUGCAAAUGAUCUCCUGGGGGAUUUAUUUGGAGUAACAAGCUUUUCAGUAAAAGAACACAGGAGGCUAUAUUCCAUGAUUUCCAGAAAUCUGAUAGCAAUCAAUCAGCAAGACUCUACACUUGGUGACACACCUGAGGAUGAUGCCAGAUUUCAGCUUGAAGAAGAAAAUGUUCUUAAGGAGUCGAUGCAAGAGUCAGAAGAGAAGCAAACUUCAUCAAACGUGGCUUCCCGACCAACUACAUCUUCUAAGAGGAGGACACACAGUGAAUCUGAAGAAAAUUCUUCAGAUGAUCUGCAUAGUGACAGAAGAAAGCGACACAAGUCAGACAGCAUUUCGUUGACAUUUGAUGAAAGUCUCUCAUGGUGUGUAGUCAGUGGUCUGUGCCAUGAAAGAAGCAAUAGCAGUGAUUCAACAGAUUCUCUUUCCAUUCCUGAUCUUGACGCUAGUUCAUUAAGCGAAAAUUCCGAUUGGUUUGACCACAGUUCGGUUUCAGACCAGUUCAGUGUAGAGUUUGAAGUCGAGUCUAUUUAUUCAGAAGAUUAUAGCCAUAAUGAAGAAGGGCAGGAGCUCACAGAUGAAGAUGAUGAGGUUUAUCAGCUGACUAUUUACCAGGAUGAAGAUAGUGAUGCUGAUUCAUUUGAUGAAGAUCCAGAGAUUUCUCUAGCUGAUUAUUGGAAGUGUCCUGAAUGUAGCAAAAUGAAUCCUCCUCUUCCACGACAUUGCCACCGGUGCUGGGCCCUACGUGAGGAUUGGCUUCCAGAUGAAAAGAGUGAGAAACUGGAAAAGAGCAAAUCAGAAGGUUCCUUCCCUGCAGAGGCUGAAGAAGGUUUUGAUGUUCCUGACUGCAAGAAAACAAAAAUGAUUGAAGAUAAAGAACCAGCUGUGGAUGAGAGUGAGGAAAAAGCAGUACAAAUUUCUGAGUCCCAGGAAAGUGAAGAGUAUUCCCAGCCAUCAACAUCAGGCAGUAUGUUUUGUGGCAGUCAGGAGGACUAUAAGGAACCUGAGAAGAGAGAAAUGCAAGACAAAGAUGAAAGCAUGGAAUCCAGUCUUCCCAUUACCAGCAUAGAGCCCUGUGUCAUAUGUCAGAGCAGACCUAAAAAUGGCUGCAUAGUACAUGGCAAAACAGGACACCUCAUGUCAUGUUUUACUUGUGCAAAAAAGCUUAAGAAGAGGAACAAACCGUGUCCAGUGUGCAGGCAGCCCAUACAAAUGAUUGUACUAACUUAUUUUAGUUAGAUGGAUGUUGACUGGAAAGCAGCAAAAGAAACUUCAUGAACUGGUUAAGAGAGUAAGAAACUAUUUUUGUAUGCUUAUUGGAAAAUUAAUAUUUUGGGUCUCUACUUUCGGUAUGAAAAGUAGUUGCUUACAUAAAUGCACUGGAGUUGUUAAGAAGUUGGUGUAAUACUCAUAAAUCAGCUUGAAGAUUUUAAAUCCCUCUUAGUAUAAAUAAUCUAGUCCUGUAAACCACCUGCCUCUCCAGGUGUUAAAUGUUCCAUACAAGUUGGUGACAUUUGUUUUUUUGAAUUAAAUACACAUAUUAAAAACCCAAAUUCAAUGAUUGAGAGGAGAGACAUGUUGAAGUGUUCAUUGAUGUGAAUUCCUCCUCUUCAGAAGGUAGAAGAUUCUCCAGGUUCCAGUGUUUGUUGCCUGGUAAAGACACCAAGCUCAAUCAGACCCCUCUGAAUAAGCCAAUAAAAUAAAUAAAUGGAAU